AAGUGGGUAUGGUCAGCGGGGCUGCAGUUGCAGGAUAUCACCACUGUGUCUUCAUUGUGACUGUGGUUGUUCUUCUCAUAUUUCAAAGAAACAAGAGGAAGAGAUUUCUCUUUUCAUAAUCAUGAGGACUUUGGGGCUGAAUGGGGUAAACAGUAAGAUUCAGUUACCUUUUGAGAUCCAAAAUGCUAGAUCCGCUCUCCAGGACUCCUUAUCAUCUUACACAAAGGUAUUAGGUGGGAGAUGUGAAAUAAGGAGAGCUUUAUUUCUUCUUCCUUUGGAAACAGCAUCAAGACCACAUCACACCAGAUACACAAAUUAUAAUAUAUAACUUUUCAAUCACCGUGUUUUUAGAAGGCCAAAAUGUUUUUUUUUUCAUUUAUAACAAUUGUGUUUAUAGUUUCUAAGGAGCCUGUUUUGUUUUGUUUUUUUUUUUGUGGAGAAAAGAACCUUUUAUAUGAAAGAAAAUUGGACUUAGAAUUUUGUAUAAAAGCACAUCCGAUUUCCUUGCCACUUCUUUGAGUGUCUUUUUGUUUGAUUUAGGGGGUAAGGGGAAGUUAAGAAAUGCUUUCUUUAUUGUCUUUAAAACCAUGUAGCACAUGGCUGACUCUUACAGAAUUGAAAUCGCAAGCUUAAGUUUGUUCGUUGCCUACUUGCCGUCAAUGUGGCACCCACAUGUUGUUCCUUAAAGCAAGUGUGCCUCUCCCCCACUAGGAGGUCACCAGCUAUUCUAGCUCUGCCCAGGAAGUGAUCUUAGCUGAGUACUCCCAUGUAUCCCAGGGCAUGAGAUGAAGCUAUUUGCUGAUUGUCAUCUGUGGAGACACUAAGAUCAAAGGCUUUAGGUUGGCAAUUAGCAUCCACUUGCACUGCCUAUCAAAACACAGAUUUGUCUCAAAGAGUAGAGUUGUUUGAUCACUUGCUCUUGACUGAGAUCUAUAAAAUUCCUAGCCCUUUGAUCAGAAAGCCUCCUUGCUAAUCCUAGGGAUGAGACCUAUCUCCAGCUCUCCGCUCUGCUCGAGGAAGGCAGCAAACAAGCUAUCUGCUUUCCAGAUCAAAACAGUGACUUGCUAGAGAGAAGAAAAGCCUGAGUUUUUAGUGCACCCACUUUGGAAGUUUUCUGAGUUGCAGGAUUUUAAAAAUCAACCUUAAAAGAAAACGUAGAGCUGUGAUAGCAUAUCUUGUCCUUCAGAGUAAGCCUUGCAGCCAGCAGGCUGACAGGGGAGUAAGCAAGGAGCAGGGAAGGCUAGUGUAGAUCCUAGAUCAUUUACUCUCAUGCUUUCUGAGAGCCCCUGUAAAGAUAGAAAAGCCCAGACUAGCUGUGGGGUCAUGUCCUUUUUUCCCAGUACCCUGACAAAGAGGCAGGCUGAUCUCCAUGACUUUGAAGCAAACCUGUUCUACAUAUUGAGUUCUAGAUUAGCAAGGGCUACCCAGUGAGAUAAUAGUAGAAGGGAAAAAAAUUAUGAAAAGCCAGCAUAAAGGACUGGCUGCAAAACUAUAUUGAAACCUACUUCGCAUCAUGGCCAGGCCCUUAUCCAGCCACUAAUGACUGUUUCCCUGUUAAAGUUAGCUUGAAAAUAGGAAAGACUACUAAAUGUGGGGGCUUAUGCAUGAUUUUACAAACAGUUUUAAAAGUCAUAUUUGAUGUCUUUGUCUUCUCUUCUUGCUUGGUAAUACAGCUUCAGAAGGGAGUCUGUGGGCCAUGCGUUUGGUUUGUUCUUGACUGACCCAAAAAUAAAACAACAAACCCUAUGAGCACUCUGUUUUACUAUAGCAUGAGUGUGUAGGUACACACACACACACACACACACACACAUACAUACACAGAGAGAGAGAGAGAGUUCAGUCCACACCCACAAACAUACACACACUUUAGUCCCACAUUUAACCCUCUACUAUAAGUCUCUGUAACAAUGACAUUUUCACUUCCCAAAUUUGAAUGAAAAAUCAGAAGUUUACCAGCUAUCAUUCCAUGUCCAUUUAGGAAGCCCACUCAGGACUUGGAACUGGGAGCAGGGUUGACAGCUGUCAACCUUUCCACUUGGCAGAGACUGUCCCCCUUGUUUCCUGUUUGCUCGUCCCAUCACUUCUUUGGCUGUCUCAGCACUGUCCUCUGUGGCUAUGCUGACACCGUGGACUUUAAAAAAGACAAAGGACGUAGGAGCAGAAUCUUGUCAGAUGGUGGAAGGCAUGCUCCACACAAUAAGCAAACACCGAAAAAAUGCCACCACCUCACACUGCUCACCAUGAGACCCAGAGACAAGAGCUAGGGCGUGAUGCCGUACACUGAGCCUGACAAAUGCAGAUGCGGAUGUACGAAGCCAACCAUUGGACUGAGUGCAGGGUCCCCAAUGGAGGAGUUAGAGAAAGGACUGAAGGAGCUGAAGGGGUUUGCAACCCCAUAGGAAAAACAAUAUCAACCAACCAGAGCCCCCAGAGCUCCCAGGGACUAAACCACCAACCGAAGAGUACACAUAGAGAGACCUAUGGCUCCAGCUGCAUAUGUAGCAGAGGAUGGCAUUAUCUGGCAUCAAUGGGAGGAGAGGACCUUGGUCUUGUGAAAGCUCAAUAGAUGCCCCAGUGUAGGGGAAUGCUAGGGUGGUGAGGUGGGAGUGGGUGGGUGAGCAAGCACCCUCAUAGAAGCAGGGGGACGGGUGGGAUAAGCAGAAGGGUAACUGAGAAAGGGGAUAACAUUUGAAAUGUAAAUAAAUAAAAUAUCCAAGAAAAAGAAAAAGCUAGAGAGAGAGAAAGAAGAGAAAGAAAGAAAGAGAGAGAGAGAAGGAGAGGGAGAGGGAGAGAGAGAAAGAAAGAAAGAAAGAAAGAAAGAAAGAAAGAAAGAAAGAAAGAAAGAAAGAAAGAAAGAAAGAAAGAAAGAGAAAGAGAAAGAGAAAUAAAAGCUUUACCCUAGCAACAACUCAGAGAAAUGGGAGAACCUGCCCAGACACUUCCCUGCAAUGUACGAGCCUCCCUAUAACAAUUGUGUGGAUCUCUUAAGCAACCAACUUUUGUUUCCUUUUUUAAAUCACGAAAUUGUUUUGUUUCAGAAAAUACUCUAAAGAAGAUAGCAUAAAUCUCUCUUAAUUCUUUUCCUUGGAAACAUAACUUUUAGCUUUUAAUAGAGAAUCGUCUAGUUUUUUUCCCCUCAAAGACUUCAUAUACAGCUGUAAAAGAGAGAGGUUUUGUGAGAGAGGUCUUUGCUCCCAUUUUCUGGCUCCUCCCAACUCUCUCUCUGGUAUCUGCGUUUUCAUCUUUGCAGCACUUUGCUUAUUUUUCUUGAAUUGCAAACAUGCUCAGAACUUUUAUAUAAAGGUUAGCUGGGAGCACUGUGAAUUUCCUGAUAAUCUCUCAUCGAGUCCUUUAUCUUUCAUCCAGCCCUUUGUAUCUUAGCUUUCCUAAGAAAUGAUAUACCCUCUGUCCAUCUUUGCUCCCAGGACCAGUGUGCCCCAUCACUGCAUCUGACUUUCAUCUUAGCUUCUCUUCCUACUUGUGGAUGACUUCUGACACCUCACUCAGGGGAAGGUCAUAGAUCAUAUCCUCUCCUGGAAUUACCAUCAGCACUCUCUCCUGAAUCCCUCUCACAGUCUUUAAUGUGCUCUCUUCUCUUGCUUCCUUUUAAAGUAUCGCUGUCCCCUGGGCUUCUGAGUUGAGUCCUCACCUCUUCUGUCAUACGAGCUCACCCACUCCUGCCAUUCUCUGAUCCCAUCCAUCUGUAUGUGGAGCCCCAUCCCUCUUCUUAAGUACAGACACAUGACUAAAUAGUCAAGUAGAUGUUUCUACUUGGCAGGAUUUUCCAAAGGCACCACUGCCCAGUGGAGACCUUGUGUGCACACUGUCUUCUCUACCCUUUCUGCUUGGUAUUCAAUUCAACCUGCUCCAGGGGUGUUCAUCAAUUUGGUAAUCACCUUGCUUGUGGUGGCUUUAGAAGAGCAAAGAACUUUGAAUGAGUGUAGACAAUUGUUUCAAGUUUAACAGUGAAGAAGGAGAACACCUUCUAAGUGAGGGGAAACCUAAGCAAUUUUGUAGGCAGAAGGAAGAAUGGUGGUAGGGACAGAUUAAGGAUGGGGACACAGGAGGAUAGGAAUUGAACCCAGAUGGCUUUGAGGCUGAGAGCUAAGAUGGCAUUGGGAAACAUUUAUCUUCCUGCCACUAUAUUGUUAAUUCUACAUGUGAUUUUUGCUUUCAUAAAUUCAUCAUGACGUAGUAACUAAAUAAUGAUAAACCAUUUUUGAAGUUCUUAUACGGAAAUUUAUUUUGACAUUCAUAGCUACAGGUAGGGGCAAUUUAUCCUGUUAGAUAGACAAAGUGUCCCUUUUCCCUUUAAAAACCUUCUGUGUAAAUCCCAUUCCUCAUGAGUAUGAAGAAUACCUUUAGUUAAGUAUACAAACAAGUAAUAUCUUUUCAUGUAAAGGAUUUUUUUUUUAAGUUUGGUUUUUGCUAGUACUGGGGAUUGAACCCAGAGCCUCAUGCAAGCUCCGUAAGUGAUUUACCACUGAGCUACAUCCCCAGACUCAAACUCUGAGCAUUUUUAUAACUUACAUUCUAAAAUAAGCAAGUUACCUCAUCUGUGGACUCUCUGUAGCUCUGCUGUCUGUUGCUAUUGUUAGCUUUGUCCAGUCCUUUCCUGUGGAAUAAUUUUCUUUUCCGUGGUCACGAUAGCAUUGCCAUACAAUUUCUCAAGUGUCGUGAUUUAUUUAAUUCAAGUGAACAGAUCCAUUUUUCAAUUAGAUUCCUGUGGAAGAAAGGAUGAAGGGACAGGGAGGCCAUACGUAGGGGAAAGGAGACAGGGUAGAAAUCUGUGUGGGGCAGAGUUGAGUUCCCAGAUAGGCUUCUCCAUCUUAAGGAAACCAUAGAUGUAAUUUGAUUGGAUAGCAUUUCAAAAGGUGUCAGCCUGAAAGAAGAACAAGGCAAUCUUGUUCCAAGCUAGAUCAAACCCAGAUAGAAUCCAAAAUGAUGUCACUUGGGAUGGUGGGGGAAGAUAAGAGACACUGUUUUUGGAGUUUCAGACAUGACAGCCAGCCUGGGCUGAAAGCCUUUUACAGGCAAGGAGACAAUGUCAGCAAACUGUGACUCUCAUUUCUCCUUUCAUUUCUCCACCUUGAGUCCUCUCACCCUUUCGUCUCUCAGACGCUAAUGCUUUCUCCUCAGAUGCACUUAGUGAAAAGUGCACAAAAGUGACCACAAGUAGUCAGCCUGAGAAGGCUGGGAUGUGAGGGGCCUCACCUCCUUGCCUCAAUUGAAACUCUCAGCUUCAGCAUCUUACCAGAGCUGUGGGUGGAGCUCAGGAAGUGCUUACACUGUGGCUUCUCCUCCCACAUAAGCCCUGCCCCCUCACACUUGGACAGUGGGAAGAUUAGCUUUCUUCCUCCUCCUAGUUCACUCCUCUGACUGAUGUGCAAGGUCUUGCAGAAGCCAGGGACUUGCAUUCUGGGCUUGGCAAAGUGCUUAGGAAGACGACAGGGCUUCCCGGCUGGGAGGAGGGAGGAGAGAGGAGAGCUGAAGAUCCCCGCCUGGGCUGGCUCAGCUAAGCAAAGUGGGCAGCUCAGUACUUGAAAGAGGACUGUGCUCACUCGCUCGCUCGCACUAGAUAUCAUAGCCAAAAAUUUCAGGAUGUUUACAAAGUCAUAACAAUGAUUCAGGAAUACUUCAAUUAUUGUUGUACAUUAUUAAUACUGUUGCCGGGCAAGAUCUGUGGUUCUCUGGUCAGCAAGUUCUGGCAAUGAAGCCACUGCCGCUGGUGCAAAGAAUUCUGGGAUGUCUGACAGUGAAAUGGAUGGAAGGACUCACAUUCCAUCUCUACUUAAUGCCCUUUUGUCCAGAAAUCGGGUCAUGCAGAUGAGCUACUUGAAAAGUAAAGAACAAGGCUAUGGCAAGCUAAGCAGUGACGAGGACCUGGAAAUAAUUGUUGACCAGAAGCAGGUAGUAGGUGUAACCUUGAAGAAAAAAUGGCACUGUCUUCAAAAAAGUGACCUGACCCUGGCUUUGGGAAAAGGCUCUAGGGCUGCAGAUAAGGCUGUUGCCAUGGUGAUGAAGGAGAUACCGAGGGAGGAGUCUGCAGAAGAAAAGCCCCUCCUUACUGUGACAUCACAGCUGGUGAAUGAGCAACAAGAGAGCAGACCCCUCCUGAGCCCCUCCAUCGACGACUUCCUCUGCGAAACCAAAUCGGAGGCCAUUGCAAAGCCAGUGACAUCCAACACAGCCGUGUUGACCACUGGCUUGGAUCUCCUUGACCUGAGUGAACCCGUCUCUCAAACCCAAACCAAAGCCAAGAAAUCUGAGCCCUCAUCAAAGAGCUCGUCCCUCAAGAAGAAAGCUGAUGGCUCCGACCUCAUCAGUGCAGAUGCUGAGCAGAGAGCACAGGCUCUCCGAGGGCCAGAGACAUCAUCCUUAGAUUUAGUAGACAUUCAAACACAACUGGAAAAAUGGGAUGAUGUCAAGUUUCACGGUGACCGAACAAGCAAGGGGCAUCUCAUGGCAGAAAGGAAAUCAUGCUCUUCCAGAACUGGGUCCAAAGAGCUUCUUUGGUCCGCAGAACACAGAUCUCAGCCAGAGCUGAGUACUGGGAAAAGCGCCCUCAACUCUGAGUCGGCUUCCGAGUUGGAACUUGUAGCUCCAGCACAGGCUCGGCUGACCAAAGAGCAUCGCUGGGGAAGUGCCCUGCUCUCCAGGAACCAUUCCUUGGAAGAGGAGUUUGAAAGGGCAAAAGCGGCAGUAGAGUCAGAUACAGAGUUCUGGGAUAAGAUGCAGGCAGAAUGGGAGGAAAUGGCCCGGAGGAACUGGAUAUCCGAGAACCAGGAAGCUCAGAACCAAGUCACCGUCUCGGCCAGUGAGAAGGGAUAUUACUUCCACACUGAAAAUCCCUUCAAGGACUGGCCUGGAGCAUUUGAAGAAGGCUUAAAAAGGUUGAAGGAAGGGGACCUGCCUGUCACCAUCCUGUUCAUGGAAGCUGCAAUUCUUCAGGACCCUGGAGACGCUGAGGCAUGGCAGUUUCUUGGUAUAACCCAGGCUGAGAAUGAAAAUGAGCAGGCAGCUAUUGUCGCCCUCCAGAGGUGCCUGGAGUUGCAGCCCAACAACUUGAAGGCUCUGAUGGCCUUGGCUGUAAGUUACACCAACACCAGCCACCAGCAGGAUGCUUGUGAGGCACUGAAGAACUGGAUUAAGCAAAACCCAAAGUACAAGUACCUUGUGAAGAACAAGAAAGGCUCUCCAGGCCUCACACGGCGGAUGUCUAAAUCCCCAGUUGACAGCUCUGUUCUGGAAGGAGUGAAGGAGUUGUACCUGGAAGCUGCCCACCAAAAUGGUGACAUGAUUGACCCAGACCUGCAGACAGGUCUGGGAGUUCUGUUCCACCUGAGUGGAGAGUUCAAUAGAGCAAUCGAUGCAUUUAAUGCUGCCUUAACAGUUCGGCCAGAGGAUUACUCACUGUGGAACCGUCUUGGGGCAACCUUGGCAAAUGGAGACCGCAGUGAGGAAGCUGUGGAGGCCUACACGAGAGCACUGGAGAUCCAGCCAGGUUUCAUCCGCUCCAGAUACAACCUGGGGAUCAGCUGCAUCAACCUGGGUGCCUACAGAGAAGCGGUCAGCAACUUCCUCACUGCCCUCAGCUUGCAGAGGAAGAGCAGGAACCAGCAGCAAGUCCCUCACCCUGCCAUCUCCGGGAACAUCUGGGCCGCCCUCAGGAUUGCCCUGUCGCUGAUGGACCAGCCGGAGCUCUUCCAGGCCGCCAACCUCGGUGACUUGGAUGUCCUCCUGAGAGCUUUCAAUUUGGAUCCUUGAAGGAAAAGAAGACAAGAAUAAUAAAGGAUACUAAUGUGUCUUCUGUGUUAUUAUACUAAAAAGGGACAAAACUAUUUUAUUAUGAAUUUCCAAAACACAUUUUUUUUAAAAAAGGAUAAAGCUGAGAGGCAAAAGGCCAUGGUCAUAUAAGCCAAGGGAAUUGAUUUCUACAGAUCCAGUCUCUGUUCAGACCCAAAAGCACAAAGCGAAGGUCGGGGUCAAGAGAAGAACUGAGAUUCUCAGGACAAACCAAGAUAAGGUAACUGCACUCGCUUCCAAAUUGCAAGUGUACUUUGAGUUAUAUUGUUCCUGUCCCAGCUGGUGGCACAUCUGAGGGACACUCUUGGGACAUAACAUGACAAUUUGUCCACAGUCAGUGAACUCAGGCUGUCUUUGUCUACCCUUUUGCAAGACUGAACAUAGUUUGGGCCACUGGCAAAUGUACACAUGCAGCCAUUGCUUCCCUCUCGCCCACUCUAACCUUGACUGUAAGCCUUUGUUUUCAGAGACAGAGAGCUUUGCUGGCGAAAGCAGUUUUUGCACUAGAAGUUUUUGCUGUUCCCAAUGAAAUCCUUUCUAGGAUUGUACAUAAGCACUUUAAUAUCUUAUUUAUGCCUUGCCGGGCUUCUGGCUUGCUGCUCCAGUUUCUAACUUGGGGGGUAGGGAAGGGUGGGAUAAAAGACUUCAGAACUCAGAGUUGUUAGCUCAGUGGACCAAAUAAAAAAAUUAUAAGAAUAGUUUUUCUUAGCAGAGGGUUUGGGAAGUGUGUUUGCAUAGAAUGUAAAUAUGUUAAACACAAUUUUCUUUGUGUGCUUUCUGGGAGCCCAUGGAUCUCUUGUGAAGCAAAGUUCCCAGGGCGCUCUCCCUGCAGAAGGGAGCUUGGCGAUUCUGCAAUUUCUAAUGAGUUGUGUUAAACUUGUUUUAAUAUCCUGUUUUCCUGGCUCUCUAACUGCCUUGCACAAUGAUAUUUCCUUUAAACUGUUACUAUUUCAAAUGGUAUUUCUUAAGCGUGUUAAAUACAAUUUUCCUAAAGUCGAA